UUGUGUGUUCAUCUUGUAUCUUGCAGAGCACAUCUCGAGGCGUUGGAGCGGCUCAAGGCACUGCGAAUUGCUGUCGCAAAUGACACGCAUUGGCUGUUGAGCCCUUCAUUCCGAGUUGGACUCCGAACCGCGUUGAGCGGCGGUGGAAAAUCGUGGGCCGGAGCAGACCCCCUUGAGCCAGACGCGCAUGCCAAAGAUAUUUCAGAGCUCGAACAGUACAGUCGUGCGCGUUGGGAGGCCGUGUUGCAAUUCAUGGCUGCUGCCAACACUGAGGGCGUUACGCAGGAGGUGGUCAACGUAUUAAUUGAUGCCGAAUUGAUUUCCUUAUCCACCACUGGCGAGGGCGCUGGUCGACCCGUGAUUACAAACAAGGGCUUUCAAUUUCUGCUCCAAGACGUGGCGACCCAAGUGUGGUACUUUUUGACUCAAUAUCUCAACUCAUUACAGAAACGCGGGGCAGAUCCCGUCGAAGCCCUGGCGUUGCUCUUUCGACUGAGCUUUUCCACGGUUGGCAUGGACUAUCCUGUAGAAGGCCUGACGGAGGGCCAGUUGGACUUGCUGCAGCAUUUGCGUGAAAUUGGUCUUGUUUUUCGAAGAAAGCGUACAUCCAGGCGCUUCUACCCCACUCCACUCGCGAUCAAUCUUGCAUCCGGUUCUGCCAAGAAUUUGGAUGCUGCAGAUGUCAAGGGAUACAUUGUUGUUGAGACCAAUUUUCGGAUAUACGCAUACACUGAUUCGCCAUUGCAGCUGGCUUUGCUGAGUCUGUUUGUGGAUUUGCGCUACCGAUUUCCAAACAUGGUUUGCGGGCUUUUGUCGAGAGAUAGUGUUCGAAAGGCCUUGGUCAAGGGUCUGACAGCCGAGCAGAUGAUUCGAUUCUUGCGGACUCAUGCUCAUCCUCAAAUGCGCAGCCGAACGCCUGUACUACCUGAGACCAUUAGCGAUCAGCUUCGGUUGUGGGAAUUGGAGCGUAAUCGACUUCGCGUUCUUCCAGCUGUGCUAUACGAGCGCUUCUCAAACCAGCGGGAACACGACCUGUUGCAUCACUAUGGACGUGAUCUUGGAGUGGAGUUGGCGCACUCGAGCCAGCACAUUGUGGUGACCUUUGAGGGUCACGAGCAAAUCAAAACGUUCUGGCAAGCACAUCGGCAGCAAGCUGAGGCGGAUGCGCAGGCACGGCAACGCGCCUACGAGCAGCAGGUUGCGCAACACCAGGCGUCCACGAUGCAGCCCUGA